AUGAAACCUCCUUUAAUUUGGGGAAAUGAGCCUUUAAUCGUGGUCAUAUUGUUCCUGUUUGUGUUGAUGAUUCAGGUCAGAUGGAGUCAGAAAAUGACUGAAAGAGGAAAUGAUUGAGAUCUAGGUUUCUUUUCUCUUUUCUCCACAUCAACAGUCAGUGUGAAGAGCUGCAGCUGACUUUAGCCUCCAAGACUCCAGAGUGAAGUCUGCUUCCUCAUCCAGAUGUAAUUCACUUCACCAUGAUCAGCCUGAACCUGAGUCCUUUCCCCUUUCUGUGCUCAGUCAUCGACGUUAUUUCUCCGGAAAUAAUUGAGCUUCUGUUCUGAAGGAUUUCACCGGAAGUGUUGGCUUGUUGCUGCUUGUACAUUAAGUCUAGAAAUCGAAAGUGUCCUGGAUGCGUCGGUUGAGCUGUGAGGAGUGGCCUCAAGAGUCCUUAUAUCUGAACAAAUAAACUGGUGUUACGAUGUUUCUCCUCCAGAGGAGUUGGACAGAGAUGGAGCUUCUUCCUCUCGUGUGUUUCUGUCUCCUGACCUGCUCUGGAACAACGUUUGGUGACGAAGUCACCAAGAUGAUACUGAAAGAAAAUGAAGACGUCAUUUUACCCUGUUCCUUAGACUCUACCAACAUUAAGUCUGAGACCUUUGACUGGAAGAAAGAUGAUCAGAAGGAGGUGUUCAUGUAUCAGAAUGGCAAGCUUUACAAUAACGGUCUUUCAGGUCAAGAUCCACAGUUCAAAGGUCGAGUCUUUCAUUUUGAUGAUCAGCUCCAGUCUGGUAAUGCCUCCAUAUUCAUCAACAAAACAAAGGUGUCAGACAAUGGAAGGUACAGCUGUAUUUUUCCACAUCAUCAGCCAAGGACAAGAUCCAUCAUUGAGCUCAUUGUUGAUUGUAUCUUAAAAGACAGAACGAAGGAAAAUAAACCAGGUUCAUGUCCAGAACCAUCUGUCACAAAUCUUCAUGAAACAAAUGACCAGGCUCUACUGGAGUGUAAACUUCAAGGAGCUUUUCCAAAACCUAAAGUCCAGUGGUUGGACAGUGACAACAACACAGUUCCUGCUGAAGAACCACAAGUCACAGAAAGUAGAGGUGCAUACAACAUCAUCCUUAAUGCCAUUGUGAAAAGGUCUGGUGACUAUUAUUGUGUUUCCACACAAGAAGAAAUCUGUCAUCAGGUUGAUAGAAGGAUACAAGUAAUUUUACAAGAAAAAACAACAGCAGAUCCAGUUACCCAAGGAUCAAACACUGGAUGGAUUAUUGGUGUUGCAGUUCUCAUUGGUCUUUUAUUGGUUGCUGUUGGUUUUGCUUGUCACUUCAAAAGAAAAUCUAAUAUAGGCACAGGUAGUGUAGUUUAAGAAAAGGAAACUCAUCAUCCACUGAAAAAAAAGGAGGGUCGACAGCUGGACCAAUAAGUCACCUCAUGACUUCUCUGUUUCACUUUAGUCUUUUUUUAUUCAUGUGAGGACCACUGAAACUAUUCUUUGACUCAUCUUUUGUUAUCAUUAAGGAGAUUUAUUUAUUUAUUUAUUUUUUAAAGUUCAGGUUCACGUUAACAAAAGAAGUAUGUUUCUCUAUUAACACUGAGGUUCUGCUGUGUCUCAUUGUGACUCUUGAUGCUGUUGAUGCUCAUUCAUGCAGGUGGUAUAAUGUGACUUUGAUUUAUUUUAUUUUAACAUGAGUCUCUCAUGUACAGUUAUGAACAGAAACACUAUGCUCUUGUUGACUAUGAUAUUUGAAUAUAUAUAUGCAUUUCAUUUAGUGGUUCAGCUCUAGACUAUUAUUUCCUUUUAAUAAGAUGAAUAAUCAAUUCAUGAUUCAGUUGUUCCUUCAGCCUUUCAAUGAUCACAAUCCAAAGACAAUAACUUGAAUUAAAAUAUAAAUUGUAAAAAAAAAAAAAAA